AUUCUGUCCCCCUCCAUCCUUUGCCGGUGGGGAGUCCCCGGACAGAUUCCGACCAUGACCGAGCAGAUGACCCUUCUGGGGACCCUUAAUGGUCAUAAUGGUUGGGUCACCCAAAUAGCAACCACCCCGCAGUUCCCAGACAUGAUCCUCAGCUCUUCCCGGGAUAAGACUGUCAUCAUAUGGAAGCUGACUCGUGAUGGUCCAAACUACUGUGCCCCCCAGCGCGCCCUGCGUGGUCACUCCCACUUUGUCAGUGAUGUUGUCAUCUCAUCCGAUGGACAGUUUGCUGUGUCGGGGUCCUGGGAUGGGACUUUACGGCUGUGGGACCUUACCACUGGCACCACCACAAGACGCUUUGUGGGUCACACAAAGGAUGUUCUGAGUGUGGACUUCUCUGCAGACAACCGUCAGAUUGUGUCCGGGUCCCGUGACAAGACCAUCAAGUUGUGGAACACCCUGGGAGUGUGUAAAUACACAGUGCAGGAGGACUCUCACUCGGAAUGGGUAUCCAGUGUCCGUUUCUCACCCAACAGCAGCAGCCCCAUCAUCGUAUCCUGCGGAUGGGACAAGAUGGUGAAGAUUUGGAAUCUGGCUAACUGCAAACUAAAGACCAACCACAUUGGCCACAGGAGCUUCCUAAACACUGCGACUGUGUCUCCUGACGGAUCACUGUGCGCCUCUGGGGGCAAGGAUGGACAAGCCAUGCUGUGGGAUUUGAACGAGGGGAAACACUUGUACAACCUCGAUGGUGGAGACAUCAUCCAUGCCCUGUGUUUCAGCCCUAACCGUUACUGGCUGUGUGCUGCCACUGGGCCAAGCAUCAAAAUCUGGGAUCUAGAGGGUAAGAUUGUUAUAGAUGAACUGAAACAGAAAGUGAUUGGUGCAAGCCGCAAAGCUCAGCCACCGCAAUGUACUUCCCUGGCCUGGUCAGCAGAUGGACAGUCUCUCUUCGCUGGCUACACGGACAACAUGAUCAGAGUCUGGCAAGUGACAACUGGAACCCGCUAAGACGUAUCUGACAGGAACAAGGAUACACUUUUGUUUUAAAACACCAGCUUAAUACAGAGUCUACUCUUGUAAUAUCAACCUGUGACUAAUAA